AACACGUCACACGUGCGCGCGCCGCGCAAGACUUAGCCGUGGCGUGGUGCGGGUCUUGUCUCUCGAUUGCCCACCCAGGCCAGCGUGAGCUCUGCACAACUUUGGCGCGCCCGCAGGCUUCUCACCUUUCGCGCGAGGUCGCGCGCGUCCCGCCUCGGGUGGGCGGUGCGUUGACGCGCGUGUCCGCGGCGCGUCACCGCCAGCCGGAUGAGCCGACGCGCCGCGGACUUGUCGUCGGGCCGGCAGAAGGACAAGAAGAAGAAGAAGGAGGAUGAGAAGGAGGACGGAGACGAGGAGGUUUGCUUGAGGACGGACAGUGGGGGGGUGGAGAGGAGCAAGAGAAGCGAUCGAUCGCCGGCCGGCCCGCAUACAACAACACUCCACCUGCACCUCCUUCCCCCUCGUGGACACAACACCCGCUCCUCCAUGAGCGCAAGAGCUUCUCUUCUUUUUCAUCUCCUCCUUUCUGCCUCCUCUCCUCUUCUUCUGAGAAGGAUGUGAGGGCAAAAUGUUUGUCCUCCAGAUGUGCGCCGCCCUCUGCGUCUUCCUGCCGUCGGCCUAUCGGGCCGAUGUGACGUGCGACGCCAUCCUCGGCGCGGCCGCCGAUGCCUCCUCCGUCCAAUCGCUGGCGUCCACCUGGAACGAGACGCAGAUGCUGAGCAACGCCAGCGUCCAGCCGACCGGGGCGGAGGAUGCAUAUUGCGAGGCAUCACUGGACGGCAUCGGCACCUGCUGGCCCCGCAGCCCCGCCGCUCACAUUGUGUCCAUACCGUGUCCCAAGAUUUUGUACGGCGUCCGAUACAACACCACUAACAGUGUGUACAGGACGUGCCUGUCCAAUGGGACCUGGGCCGCAAAGGGGAACUAUUCCAUGUGCACGGCCAUCCUGAACCAGGAGAAAAGGGGCAAGAUGCACUACCAGAUGGCGGUGAUCAUCAACUUCCUGGGUCAUGUCAUCUCCAUGUUGGCGCUGCUGGUUGCCUUCUUCCUCUUCCUGUGUUUGAGGAGCAUCCGCUGCCUGAGGAACAUCAUCCACUGGAACCUGAUCAGCGCUUUCAUCCUGAGGAACGCCACGUGGUUCGUGGUGCAGCUCACUAUGAGCCCGGAGGUGCACGACAGCAACGUGGCGUGGUGCCGGCUGGUGACGGCUUCCUACAACUAUUUCCACUCCACCAACUUCUUCUGGAUGUUUGGCGAAGGAUGCUACCUCCACACCGCCAUCGUGCUCACGUACUCCACCGACAAGCUGCGCAAGUGGAUGUUCAUCUGCAUCGGCUGGUGUAUCCCGUUCCCCAUCAUCGUGGCCUGGGCCAUCGGGAAACUUUACUACGACAACGAAAAGUGCUGGUUCGGGAAGCGGACGGGCGUCUACACGGACUACAUCUACCAGGGUCCCAUGAUUCUGGUUCUGGUGAUCAACUUCAUCUUCCUGUUCAACAUCGUCAGGAUCCUGAUGACCAAGCUGCGAGCAUCCACCACCUCGGAGACCAUUCAGUACAGGAAAGCGGUGAAGGCGACCCUGGUGCUGCUCCCCCUUCUGGGCAUCACCUACAUGCUCUUCUUCGUCAAUCCCGGCGAGGAUGAGAUCUCGCAGCUGGUCUUCAUUUAUUUCAACUCCUUCCUGGAAUCCUUCCAGGGCUUCUUCGUGUCCGUCUUUUACUGCUUCCUGAACAGCGAGGUGCGUUCGGCCGCCAGGAAGCGUUUCCACCGCUGGCAGGAGCAACACUCCAUCCGGGCGAGGAUGACGCAGGCCGUGUCCAUCCCCACGUCGCCGUCGCGGGUCAGCUUCCACAGCAUCAAGCAGUCCACGUCGCUGUGAAAGCUCGAUGAACUUAAAUCGACACCAAGCGUUAUCGGGGCCCUCGGGAUUUUGGAACGUGAGCGCAGAUGUACCGCAAGUCUCUCGUCCGUCAUCUUGCCACCGUGACUCGUGGUGACGGCCGCCCUGGCUCGCCGUCUCGCGUCACCUUCAUCGACUUUCCGCAAACUUUUGACACAUUCCGCACUUUCUUCCAAAGUCUUUUUAAUCGCCUUGGACACCUGCACGGCGUUUGUUUGGGAGAACACGGUGGUGUUGGGAAACGAGUGGAUGUGUUACUUUGUGUAACUGAGCUAAUCAUCAUCAGAAGAGGAAGAUUACGCGUUCUUUGUCGUGCACUUUUCCUUCCUUGGAAUGAAUGAAAAUUCCUGGUCGGCCAGUCGGGAGCCUCCAUGUAAAUAAGACGCUUUGAAAUCCUCCUUGGCGUGCGGUCUUCACAUUCCCACCUCGCCGGUUGCUCUGGAAAGCCGUUGGAGCAUUUUAUUUAGGGCGGAAGCUAACCAUUAUUUGAAUAAUCCAUUUGUCGCUUCAUUGGUUUUUUUUUUUUCGAUUAAACUGUGAAUCGGGCGGCCCGGCAGUCCAGUGGUUAGCAUGUCGGCUUCACAGUGCAGAGGUACCGGGUUCGAUUCCAGCUCCGACCUCCCUGUGUGGAGUUUGCAUGUUCUCCCCGGGCCUGCGUGGGUUUUCUCCGGGUGCUCCGGUUUCCUCCCACAUUCCAAAAACAUGCGUGGCAGGCUAAUUGAACACUCUAAAUUGUCCCUAGGUGUGAGUGUGAGUGCGAAUGGUUGUUUGUUUCUGUGUGCCCUGCGAUUGGCUGGCAACCGAUUCAGGGUGUCCCCCGCCUACUGCCCGAAGACAGCUGGGAUAGGCUCCAGCACCCCCCGCGACCCUAGUGAGGAUCAAGCGGCUCGGAAGAUGAAUGAAUGAAUGAAUGAAUGAAUGAAUGAAUGUUUAGAGGCUGACAUUUCAAUGAUUUUCAAGUUCUACAAGGUCUCUGAACGAUGAUCAAAAUGGUUGUGGAUUCAUCAAUUAAUGGUUGCACCUCUCAUGUCAAUACGGCGAAGCGAAAUGGAAUAAAAGCCCCGACGGCUUUCCACACGUUGCUGACUUCCUCCUGUUUUUGUCAUCAACACGCGUCUUGUGUAUUAGCUGCUGUUCGUUGUAUUUAUUGUUAUUUAUUUGACAGUUUUUUUCCCCCGGCAUGUCGCACCCAAAACUUGUAACUCGCGCUCACAAGGCCAAAAAUAUCUCUCACACCUACAAUUUAUGAUACACCCGAAAACUCGCCUUUCCCUCCAACAAAAAAAAAACGCAUAUAAACCCUCACACACAAACUACAGACAUACACUGACACCAAAAAUCUUUAACAGACUCCCAAAAACUCACCAUUCCGUUGUUUAGUGUGAGAGGAAUGUUAUGUGAGAGCAUAUUUUUGGACAAACGUGAUUUUUGGCCUGUACAGCACUUACCGGAUGCGGGUGCGACUUGCUGAUUGCGCUGACCAUUCCGACUGAAGUAGCGGGAUCCCGAGAUUUGUGGCACACGUGCGAAUUACAAGUUUCGUGCAUGGCAUGAAAAAAAAAAUCUGUUCAUGUCGUCCCCCUGGCUUGCGUAUUUUCCUACUGACAAAUAAAGUGUGUGUAGCAUUGACUCCAAACAAA